CUGGCCUACACUGCAAUACCGGGUCGGAUUUGUUCUAUAAAUCGUCCGAGGCUAGAAUCUUCCUCUCAACCUAAAUUGGGCGUAGUCCAAAUGGGAAAGAAGCGAGCUCAACGAGCAGUUGAUGAAGCAGCGGCUCAAACUGCAGGCAAUAUCAGUAAGGUCGAUCUCGAGCUCAACCUCGCUAAUGCAGACCUUACGGAGAAACAGAGAGCGAAAAAGAAGAAAGAAGAGAAACGCGAAAGAGAAGGGAAAGAAACAAAUUCAGAGGAAGUCAGACCUGAGAUGAAAGAAGAGGUGGCGAAUGGUGAUACGAACGCCAAGAAGAAGAAAAGUAAAAAAAUUGAGGGAAGUAACAUUUACGGCUCUAAUGAAUUGCCUACGGUGUCCAUUGCCCUUCCAGGGUCCAUCAUCGACAAUGCGCAGUCCCUGGAACUUGCCACCCGCUUGGCUGGCCAAAUUGCACGUGCUGCAACUAUUUUCCAGAUAGAUGAGGUGGUUGUAUUUGACAAUGUUAGCAGUUCUCAAGAUAGUCCAGCCAUCGUUUUGGAGGAUAAUUUGGAUGCAAAUGAAAGCAGUGCUGCGUUUCUUUUGAUGAUUCUUAGGUACAUGGAGACACCCCAGUAUCUAAGAAAGAGCCUAUAUCCCAUGCAUAACAAUUUAAGAUAUGUGGGCUCAUUACCCCCACUCGAUGCCCCACAUCAUUUACGGAAGCACGAAUGGGCACCUUUUCGAGAAGGUGUCACACUAAGAGAUCAGCAUCCAAAAUCAGGAGGAACAGUGGUUGACGUGGGGCUAAGUAAGCACGUACUGAUUGAUCAAGUCAUUGACCCAGGCAAAAGGGUCACAGUAUCUAUGGGAACUGAUCGUCAUUUAGAUUCAGACAUACCACACCAAGUUGUAUCUACAUCCAAACCAAGGGAAGAGGCUGGGAUGUAUUGGGGCUACAAAGUGCGAUAUGCUUCCAAUAUUAGUUCUGUAUUCAAGAAUUGUCCAUAUAAGGGAGGCUAUGAUCAUCUGAUUGGUACCUCAGAACAUGGUAUUGCUAUCAAGUCAUCUGAACUUUGUUUGCCGUCAUUCAAACACCUAUUAAUUGCUUUUGGUGGGCUUGCGGGUCUGGAGGAGUGUAUUGAAGAAGACAGUAGCUUGAAGGGUAAAAAAGCACUAGACAUAUUUGAUCUCUAUCUGAACACAUGUCCGCAUCAAGGAAGUAGAACAAUCCGAACUGAGGAAGCUAUCCUCAUUUCUCUGCAGUAUUUCCAAGAACCAAUCAAUCGGGUUUUGGGCAAGAGUUAGAGCUCGCAAAUUGUUGAAUAUAGUAUUCCCUUACAUAAAGUUGCAGGAUAUGUAGCAAAAUUAGACAUUUUGCAAACCCCAGAGAAUUGAAGUAUUAUUGAAAGAGGCUUUGGGAUCUCUAAUGAGGUCAUACGACUAUACGAGGCUGAUCGUUGUUAUUAUUUAGAAAUGUUUGAACUGAAAAGAAAUACCUUUUGAGGAGUCUUCAGAUUGCUUGCUAGACAAAUCAUUUUUGUACUAUAUAUAUGCCCCUAAAAAUAAUGUAUUACCAUUUUGCCUCAACAUGUAGAACAAUUGUAUCUAUGAGGAACAUUAUUUUUUAAUAUCCUAGUUAAAAUAAUUUAGAAUUUGGGAAAUGUUAGAGCAUCUAUAAUGGUUCCUUUUGAAGAGUUGCUU